UAUAAUUAUAGAUCGACAAUUAAAUUAAUACAAUAUAGAAACAUUUAUUUAAUGCAAAUUAUAAGUUGUACGUUCAAAGCCCACUUUUCUUGUUACUCUCGAAUUAAUUUCCAGCUUUUAAACAGAGAUGUCAUACAUUACAGACGAUUCUACAAAAAGAUAAGAAUAUACCUUUUAAAGUUCUGAAUUUUACUAAAAUAAAUAUAGAUUCACGUGAGGAAAAUAUGAAGAUAAUUAUAAAUAAAUUUUUCUCAUCAAAAAUAAGAACAAACACGAUUGAAUAAAAAAAAGAGCUACAGACAUUUGAACGCGAGUUGUUGCAUUUUUCUGUUGCAUUCCUAAAGACAUCCUGUCUCUCAGGGAGGCUGCGAGUGUUGCGGUCGAGUGCAUAAUGUGCACGUUACAACUCCCUGCAAACCAGUUGUAAUUCAAGCGAAGCUCGUUAAGACGAAUAAAUGGGCACGAAAUCGUUUAACCGGGAUGUGCCCGUUUUGCUUAUGCAACCGUUGACACUGGACCCGUUUUGCGUAUCAUUGCGUAAUAUCAUGCGAUUAUUGGCGUGAACUAUUGUCUCUUGUACCGAAUAGUACGUGCGCAAUUAGCAAUUAAACAGUCGCGCUCGAUGCAAUACGAGAUACACCUCUGAUCUCAAUGCGUGCUCCACUUUCGAACAAGUCGAACGAGACGUUUUGUCAUGACGUGAUUGCGAUUAACUUUUCGUGCUCGCAGCUUACGUCGCGAGGGAGAAAGUGAAAACGAAUUUAUUUCGCGAAUGAGUGAGCGAGCCGAGGACAUCAUUUUAAGUACAAGCGACAACGAAAUAAAUAUUUGUCGAGGCGAAUACAUAUUCGGUAUGAUAACAUCUCGGCCUGAUACGCGAGGCUUUCUUCAGAUCGCCAACAUGUUCAGCUGGCUGAAUCGCGAGGAGAACAGCAAGCAGGACCUCUUCGAAAAUGUCACCGAGGGCCUCAAGAGGAUAUACAAGUCCAAGCUGAUGCCGCUGGAGCAGUACUAUCAGUUCCACGACUUUCACUCGCCGCAGCUGGACGACCCGGAUUUCGACGCCAAGCCCAUGAUCCUCUUGGUCGGCCAGUACUCCACCGGCAAGACGACGUUUAUCAAGUAUCUGCUGGAGAGGGAGUUCCCGGGCAUCAGGAUCGGGCCGGAGCCCACCACGGAUCGAUUUAUAGCGGUCAUGUACGACGAGAAGGAGGGGGUCAUACCUGGAAACGCGUUGGUCGUCGACCCGAGCAAACAGUUCAGGCCGCUCUCGAAAUUCGGCAAUGCAUUCCUUAACAGGUUUCAGUGCUCGACCGUGGCCUCGCCGGUCCUGAAGGGCAUAUCUAUAGUGGAUACACCUGGUAUACUGUCCGGCGAGAAGCAACGAGUUGACAGAGGCUAUGACUUCACUGGCGUUUUAGAAUGGUUCGCUGAGCGCGUAGAUAGGAUUAUCCUGUUGUUUGACGCUCACAAGCUCGAUAUAUCAGAUGAAUUUCGCAGAUCCAUCGAGGCUUUACGUGGGCAUGACGAUAAAAUUAGAAUUGUUCUUAACAAAGCCGAUAUGAUAGAUCAUCAACAGCUCAUGAGAGUAUACGGUGCUUUAAUGUGGUCGUUGGGGAAGGUGUUGCAAACUCCAGAAGUGGCUAGGGUUUAUAUUGGCUCGUUUUGGGAUCAGCCGUUAAGAUACGAUGUUAAUAGAAGAUUAUUUGAAGAUGAAGAGCAAGAUUUAUUUAAAGAUAUGCAGUCGCUUCCAAAAAAUGCCGCGUUAAGAAAACUUAAUGACUUAAUUAAACGAGCACGUUUGGCAAAGGUCCACGCGUACAUAAUAAGUGCUUUACGGAAAGAUAUGCCGAGCAUGUUUGGCAAGGAUAACAAGAAGAAGGAAUUGAUAAAAAAUCUGGGCCAGACUUACGAUCAAAUUCAACGGGAGCAACAGAUUUCACCUGGAGAUUUUCCGGAUCUAAAGAAGAUGCAAGAGAGCUUAACGCAUCACGAUUUUAGUAAAUUUAAUCCCCUGAAGCCCAAAUUAUUAGAAGUGGUAGAUAAGAUGCUCGCUGAAGAUAUCGCGAAGCUUAUGGCUAUGAUACCACAUGAAGAAACCACCACAGUUUCGGAACCACUUAUUAAAGGAGGAGCAUUUGAAGGUGUGGAAGAUCAAGUUAGUCCGUUUGGAUACAAAAGAGGAGAAGGAAUCGAUGCGGGUGCAGGUGAACCAGAAUGGAUUGUCAAUAAGGAAAGGUACAAAUAUGAUAGCAUUUUCGAAUCACUUGGGCCACAGGAUGGAAAAAUUACGGGAGCAGCGGCUAAAUCAGAAAUGGUCAAGUCCAAGUUGCCGAACAGCGUACUCGGAAAAAUCUGGAAGCUUUCAGACAUUAAUAAAGAUGGAUUCUUAGACUCUGACGAAUUUGCCUUAGCUAUGCAUCUAAUUAAUGUGAAGCUCGAAGGAUAUGACCUACCGGCUGAGCUACCAGAACAUUUAAUACCGCCAUCGAAACGCGAUACAUAAUAUACGAUUUUUGUAUUAUAAUUUAUCAUGUUUCACAAAUGGUUAACACAUAGAGUAAUGAGACGAUGGAUAUUAGCACGACUAUUAGCCGUGCGGUUCACAGUGCGAUUCGAGAAUUAUAAAAUUAUACUUUUACAAUCAGCUGUAUCAUAUUAUGUGUAUAUCAUGUUACAUUGAUAUAAUGUGUUAAGGCCAAGGGACAUAUAUAUUUGCAAUCUCUACAGAAUUAUUGCAUAAUAUUGACCAGCAAUUGAUGUAUUGGUAUCUUCAAACAAUAUUUUUCCAAAAUGUAUGGAUACAUAUACAAAAUUAUACACAUAGUAUAUGAUACUUAUACUGGUAUAAUAGUAAAUAAUUUAGAAGAUUUUUUUCUCUUUAAGAUAUGGAGUUGUUACAUCGAUACAAGAAUUUUGAUCUUGGAAUUAUAUUUAUGUUUUAUAACUUUGAAAUUCUUUUACGUGUAUGUGUGUGCCCUGAAUUAUAAAAUGUCGCUGAUUAAUGAA